AUGGCUUGAGGCCGCGGUGGCACACGUUAGUUCUUCUUAAAACUCUUGGGCACCUAAAAGUGUUUGGUCAUUCGUCGUACGCUUACCGUGCGUAUCGGUCGCGCUAAAGAUAUCAGUGCCUAACGGCCACGAAUUCGAAACGAAACACAACCGUAGCGUAAAGGAAAACGUUCAGAUACUUCGUUAGAAAGUGAAACUCAAGGACCUCUUCUUCAAGGAGUUCAAGCGAAGGGAAAAAUAUAAAUCCCUAUUUUCCGGUUCGGCUGAACUAACUGGUUUUUUCGGUUACUUCCAUCGACAACUCAGAGUAACCCUUUGAAUGGAUUACCCUUCAGGACUUUGAAUCCUUGCUGCAUUUUUUGGCUAAGACGUGAGCGUAAUACAACGUGAAAUAUAUUUCCGCUACAAAGGAGUCCUGAAUGAAUCGGUCUAUCGUGGCUCCAAACGGGAACAAGAAUAGCGUCCAAGGAUAGAUUUUAAAGUGAAGCGGAUCCUCGUAGAACGGACUAACCAGGACGUGAUUGCUUCCUCACAGGAUUUUUAUUUUUUUGUUUCGAUUUCUUCACUUGUUUGCUAUCCGUUGUUUUGAUGUUUUGUUGAGUCGUCAUCGGGGCUAAUCUUAUCAAGUUGGAGCCUUUAUCUGAAAUCGCGGAUUGUAUCUAUCGUGCGACCUCGGCUAUCCAGAAAGUGAAAGUGUGAAAAAAUAGAGAAAUUGGGAAAAGUAUAAUAAUCCUAGCAAUAGUGUCGGAAUAUAGUAAUAAUCCUUUGUGCACAAUGAUGAGCAAUCGGUCCUGUUUCGUAUAUCAUUUUACUGCCGUCAUUCUGAACCUUCUGUUGAUUAGUAGUUCCGGUGUAUGGGCUGGAUCCUGCCGGGAGGCACAGCUAUGCUGUAAUGGUCGGGAUUCAUCGUGUGUAGUUCAAAAGGCUCCCAUAAAUGCCAUUAUUGAGGAUCUGAGUGAUAAGCCUUGCUACUGUGACCAUGCUUGCCUAAAGCUAGGAGAUUGCUGUGAGGAUUUUAAGCAACAUUGUGGUGUUCUCGAUUGUCAAGUUAGUGAAUGGAGUCCAUGGAGCGAUUGCGACAUGACAUGCGGAACCGGCAUGAUGACAAGGACUCGAGAAAUUAUCCUGCCACCACAGAAUGGAGGAAAACAUUGCCCGUCACUCAUACAGAAACGUGGAUGUCAAGGAUAUCAUUGUCACGGACAUAAAGACAGAAGGGUACUAAGAGAAAUGGCCUUACUUUUGCCAGCAGCUCUAUCAAAAAAUCGUCAUGCCAACGACAGCAGCGACAUACGACGUAAUUUACGAUUACGCUACAGGGAUUCAUUCAAACAUAAUCGGGAGCAUGAAUACUGUGUGGAAUUCGAGGUCCUAAAAGCAUCUAAAGCCUGCCAUAAACUACCCCCAUACAAUCUAAUGCGAGAAGGUGAUCGUGUCACUGUUCGUUGCGACCUAGAAGCUCUAAUUCCAGAUACAACCAACACCACUACAUCGGGCAACCCAAGCACUAGCAACCAUAGCAAAACUGAAAUAACCGACAACUCCUCGAUACUGAACGAGGAUGAUGAAGAAAAUACUAUUCUCAAAGAUAUGUCUACAACAACAACAACGGCUGCACCUCCUCAAAGAUAUCGUUGUAGAGGGGAGAGCCUUCCAGGACGAUCGACCAGAUGGAGUGCACUGGCAGCACCAUCAUGUCGUGGCAAAUGGUUACGAUUGACACUGGGCAAACCGAAAUGCAAUACAUCUCAAUUUAUUUUUGUUUAAACAAGCGAAAAUCUAGGUUUUCGAGAAAAGAUCAAAGAUAUUUUCUCGAAAUAAUCCUUUAAUGUAUCUGGGCCAACUGGUUUAAUAGCCUUUCAGAAGAAUAAUACCCAGAAAAGCAUUUAUUUCAUCCCUAAUCGUUUGAAAUAACGUUGAAAACUAUUUUUUUAAAAUGAAAGUAUCCCAAUUUUUUGAAUGAAUAUUUUAACGAAAUUCAUGUAGAAUUAAGGAAGAAUGGAAAAUGAUAAUAAAUUGAUAGAAAAAAUGCAAUAAUAUCGUAUCUAUUAAAACUUCAAUUGUUUUUGAAAAUACUCCCCAAUGAGUUUCUAAUUUAGGUGAAAAUUAAGAAAUAUUAAAAUCAUAUUUUUACACCGUAAUUGUUCAGGUCGCAUUAUAAAUGUGUUUUACUUUUUUAUCCUGAAAUUUAUCAUGGAAAUUAGAUAUUGACAAAUACCAUUAUAUUAUAUUAUUCUAACCUGUUUUAUACUUUAUUAAAAACUAACAAUUUUAUCACUCGAAUUUUUAUUAAAAACUUAUCCAUGUCAAUAGAACUGAUAAAAAACAAUAAAGUUACUUAGAAAUAUUUUAGAAAUUUAAUUAAUUGAGGUAAAAUAAGAUUAUAGCAAACAAAAACGAGAAUAAAAAUUUAAAUAAAUAAAAAUGAAAUUGCAAAAAGAAUCUAAAGUGGAUGAAAAUCGUAAAAUAAACUUGUAUUACCAUCUUGAGAUAAUAAAUUGGGAAUAAUGUAAAUAGUAAAUUUAUCGAAAGUAAAAUAUAUAAAAAUAAAAACAACUAAGGAACAGGAAAAGUUUCUAUCAAAACUUCAUAAUUAUUUGCAAGAAGGUAAUAUCAUAACGUUUUCCUUAAGAUCAGCAAUCUAGUAAACAUUUUUAUAAAAGGUCAAAAAUAGAGAGAAAUAUAUAAAUGAAUUAUAAUUGAAGAUAAAUUCAGUUUUCUCUUUCGGUUUCGAGUAUCUUUUAUUGAAUACGAACUGAGAAUACUCAAAAUUGUACUCAAAUACUAAAUAAGUAAAUGAAAUUUAUCAUUUCUGAAUUUUUAUCACAUUUUCAUUUAUGAAUUGAUAUUUAAAGAUACUGUUAAUUAUAUUACACAUUUAUGUAAAAUGCCUAACAAUUGAUGUUGAAAAUUUAAAAAUAGACUUCCAAGAAAACUUCUUUUGAAAACAAACAACUCUUACCUGACUAAAACAAUACAUUGCAGGGCAGUCACACAAUUGAUCAUUUAUAAUGGUUGAAAUAUAAAUAACAAACCAUAAAUAGUAAAACCAUUUAAAAUUGUAUUAAAACUAGUUUAUUUGCGAAUGAGAAUUAAUUUUUGAAAUUUUAAUUUAGUAAAUUCAAAAUAUAGUAUAAAGGACACAUAACUUCUGAUAAAAAUGAAUAUAAUAAUUUAAUUCUUUUACUUUCAACAUUAAAUUAAAAAAAUAAAUAAAUGACCGAAAAUGCAAGAAAUAAUAGUAAACAAAUUGAAAAAUUAUAAAUAUAAAACAAUAUUUAGUAAAUAAAUUAAGAAAUGAUAAAAAAAACCAUUGUAUAUGCGAAAAAGAAAACUGAUUUUUUCAUACGACAUAUCACACAAUUAUAAAGCAAAAUAUAUAAAAAAGAGAAAAAUGUAAUUACCAUAAAUAAAAAUCAAUGAGUCAGAAAUAAACCAUGAAA